AUGUCGUCAAGCCAAACUAGAGUUCCUCAAGUAAGGAAUCCUACACUUCCCUCGCAAACUACGCCGGAACAAAGGUACUGGAGAGGAUUCACCAAUCCACAACUUGUAAAAGAAAAUCAUCCAAUAAACCACAUACACUUCAACCCUGCAUCUCCAAAUGAUUUUGCAGUAACGUCAUCGACCAGAAUCCAAAUUUUCUCUUCUAAAACAAGACAGGUGGUGAAGACCUACUCAAGAUUUAAGGACACUGUAUAUUCAGGAGAAUUCAGAUACGAUGGUAAAUUGCUUGUUGCGGCUGACGCUUCAGGGUUAGUAUCCAUCUACGAUACUCAAAGUAGAAAUGUCCUAGUCAGUUUACAUCCUUCAGUGCAUCCUACACACGUAGCAAAAUUCCACCCAACAUUGGGUAAUCAGUUAUUAACUGGUUCCGACGAUAGAGUUGCAAGAUUGUACGAUAUUUCCCAGACCACCAGCGGACCCAUUGCGAGCUUUGACAACCACGGUGAUUAUAUCAGAAGUGCUUGCUUUGUUCCAGGUAAUCCAAACUUGUUAACCACUGGUUGUUACGACGGGAUAGUAAGAGUGUUUGACACUAGAGCCUCUACACGUCACGAUCAACUUGUAACCCAAUUCCAACAUGAUAGCGGUGCACCAAUUGAAGACGUUUUAGCAUUAUCAGCAACUACCUUGGUCAGUGCUGCUGGCCCUCAAGUUAAGGUGUGGGACUUGACUCGUGGCUCAUCUAUUCAUGAAUUGAACAAUUUCACCAAAUCAGUUACUACUUUGCACAAUACUGGUGAUAGAGGAUUACUUGUUGGUUCCUUAGAUGGUCAUGUCAAGAUAUUCGACUCCAGUUCUUCGAAUUGGGAAGUUAAAUUCGGGUGGAAAUUUGGAAGCGGUGGAGUCUUGCUGUGUGGUGUAUCCCCCUCUCCUAAUCAUAAGCAUUUUGUUACUGGUUUAACUUCUGGUUUAUUGUCAAUCCGUACAAGAAAGACUGAACCCAAAGUAGCGCAGGGGAUCAAGCAGAAUGCAAAUAAAUCUGCUACUUUUAACAAAAUGAUGAGAGGUGCUGACUACCUAGGCGAUGAAGAACACAGAAUCAUCCAUUCAUCCACCACUGCGUCGUCGUCCAAAAAGCUCAAACAAUUUGAAAAACAUUUAAAUGCAUUCAGGUGGUCUGAUGCCUUGGAUAGUGCUUUCGCAACAGGUUUACCUAAAGAGCAGACAAUAACAGUUCUCAAUGAGUUGAAGAAGCGUGGUAAGAUCAGAAUCUCUUUGUAUGGCAGAGACGAAAUCUCAUUACUCCCUAUUUUACAGUGGUUUAUCAAAAACUUUGAAGAUUUCAGAUCUAUAAAUUUGAUCUGUGAUUUCAUAGGUGUAAUAUUAGAAAUGUACGGGUUAUUAAUUGGAAAGAGUGUUGUGUUGGAAGAAGUGUUUGGAAAUUUACUAAAACGUAUAAGCAUUGAAGUUAAGAAGUGCAAAGAAGCCAAAGAAAUCGAGGGGAUGUUAGAGUUGCUUACUGUAUAG